AUGGCUUCGAACGAGUACUAUUAUGGUUAUUGCCGGAGCUGCGAGAAGCCCUGCUGGCGGCGGCGGGCCGUCCAAGAGGACCCGGUGCACUACGCGAUCGUCGAGACGGCGCGGUCGGGCCAGUCCUGCUGCACGCGGGGCUGCGGCGAGCUCAUCGCGAAGGGGAGUCUGCGGAUCGGCAUCCCCCUCAAGGACUCGCGGGGCUGCGGCGGCGCGAUCAGCGCGUGGACGCACGUCGAGUGCACGAUGCUCACGCAGCUCCGGGACCCCUCAUUAAAGCCGAAGUUCGACGUCGAGCGGCACGUUUAUGGUUUAGACGCGUUGGACGGGGCGUCGCGCGCUUCCGUCGUCGCCGAGUUUAGUAAAGAAGACCGCGAGGCGGACAAGACCUUGGACCCCGAGGACGAGGCGUUCCUGCCGCAGCGCGCGCUGCCGCGCGUCGCGCCGCCGCCGAACAUCGCGCUCCCCCUGUUACCCUACCAGGAGGAGGGCUUCGGCUGGAUGCUGCGGCGCGAGCGCGAAUCUAAUGGAGGCAUCCUCGCCGACGAGAUGGGCAUGGGCAAGACGCUCCAGUGCGUCUCGCUCAUGGCGCACGACGCGUGUGAAAGAGCUAAAACCAAGGCGUCGCUGCCCAUUACGUUAGCUCAGGACGAAGAGGCCUACGGGUAUGCAUUACCGGACUCGACGCUCGUCGUCGCGCCCUCCUCGGCCUUGUGGCAGUGGAAGGACGAGAUCGAGAAGUUCUGGGUCUCGUCCAAGGACGAGAAGGGGCGCCCCCUCGAGGCGCCGACGGUCGAAGUGUACUACGGGAACCGCAAGCGCGUCACGCCCGAGAGGCUCCAGAAGGCCGACGUCGUGCUGACGUCGUACCCCGUGCUCGAGUAUGAAUAUAGAAGGGAGCACGCGCGCUGCAAGGUGAAGUGCCCCUGCUGCGCGAAGCUCAUGCUGCCGCGGAAGUUGAGGCAACAUUUAAAAUACAUGUGCGGCCCGUACGCGCGGCGCACGGCCGGCCAGCAGAAGACCGAACGAGCGGCCGGCGACCGGGCCGCGGCUUCUUCGACGAAGAAGAAGAAGAAGAAGCGCAGCCCCGCCAAGCCCAAGCCGGCCAAGACCGCCCUCAGCUUCUACAAGGCGGCGACGCGCGACGAGGCCAAGGCGGAACUGCCCGACGGCGCCCCGAACAAGGACAUCGCCGCUUUGCAGACGAAGCAGUGGAAGGCCCUCGACGCGGCCGCGCGGCGGCCCUACGUGUCCCUCGCCGAGACGGACAAGGCGCGCCACGCGCGCGACGUUAAGACAUACGAGGCCCUGCUCAAGGAAUUUGAGGCCCAGGCGUCCGACGCCGACGACGAGGCCGCGGCGCCGCCGCCCGCGACGCAGGGCACGCAGCUCGCGCCGCCGCCGCGCCGCGCCGGCGUGCCGACGCCGCGCGCCAUCUACCAGGAGCUCAUGGCGUCCGCGGGCCGCGCGGACGAGAUCAUCCCGCAGUUCCAGCGCGGCCGCGCCGGGCCCGUGCCGCCGGGCGUGGCCGAGGCCGGCGCGCCGUACCGCGCGCGCGCGGCCGGGCGCGCCGCGGCGCCGCCCGCGCGCAAGCGGCGCAAGGAGGCGCCGCCGCCGCCCGACGCCGUCCUCGACAUCGACGAGGCCUGCGUCGUCUGCGGCCGGCCGACGGUCGACGCCGCGGGCGCCGCCGAGGCGGGCGUGCUCGUCUGCGACGGCGACCCGACGCACGAGUGCCACCUCCGCUGCGCCGGGCUCGAGAGCGUGCCGCGCGGCACCUGGUUCUGCCCGCUCUGCCGGGGCCUGGCCGCGAGCGCCGAGGCCGCGGCGGCGCGGCGCGUCACGCCGGACGCCGUGGAGCCGUCGAAGCCGAGCUCGAAGCCGAGCUCGAAGCCGGCCGCGAAGCCGGCCGCGAAGCCGCGGGCGCGGAGGCCCGCCGCGCCGGCGCCGGCGCCGGCGCCGGCCGCGGAGGCGGCGCCCCCCGCGCCGCAGCUCGAACUCGGCGAGACCGUCCUGGUGGGUCGCACGGGGCACGUGGCGACGGUCGAGCGGGCGCCAGGCGCCGGCGACGAGGUGCUGGUGCGCUGGGAGAGCACGGGCCACUGCGAGGAGGUCGCCCUCGCCGACGUGGAGAAGCUCUCCGCGGGCCGCUCGUCGCGCCGGUCCCGGGUCCUGCACGAGCGCGGCGGCGGCGGCAGCAGCGACGACGACGACGCGCCGCCGCCGCCGCGCAGGCCGUCGCGCGCGGAGCGGGCGCUCGCGGACACACUCACGCCGGGCGCGCGCGACGGCGCGCCGUCGGCCGUCGGGACCGACCUGACGGCGAGCCGCGCGCGGCGGGCGCGCGCGCCGGCGCCGGCCGCCGCGGCGCCGGCCGACGACGACUCGGCCUCGCUCGAGUGCAAGCCGCGGAAGCGCAAGUCGGCGGGAUCGGACGACGACGCCGACUUCCGUCCCGUCGCGUCGGCGUCGGACGUGUCGUCGAGCGACGACGACGGCGACGACGCCUCGGACUCCGACGACGCCAUGAAGGCGAAGCGGACGAAGGUGACGAAGGUGAAGCGGGCGCCGCCGCCCGCGGCCCUGGUCGUCGACGUCGACGCCGUCGACGACGAGGCCGCGCGGCUCCGCGCCAUCGACGCGCUCGUCGAGCAGGCCAUCGCACGGCGCGCCGCCGAGCUCGACGUUUCAGUGAAGAAGAAGCCCGCCAAGACGAAGAAGCGCAAGUCCAAGAAGGCCGCCGCCGACGACUCGUCGUCGUCCUCGUCGUCGGAGGAGGAGGAAGAAGAGGCAAAGGACCGCCGCGUCUUCGCCGCGCCCGACUUGGUCAACGACGUGGAAGGCGUGGAUCUAGCCGGGUCCUUGCUACAUUGUGGUAGGUGGCAGCGCGUCGUCCUCGACGAGGCCCAUCGGAUCAAGGGCUUCACGUCGUCGACGGCCAAGGCGGCCUUCGCGCUGCGGGCGGAGCGGCGCUGGGGCCUGACGGGCACGCCGCUCCAGAACCGCGUCAAGGAGCUCCAGUCGCUCGUGCGGUUCCUCAAGGUCGACCCGUACGCGUACUACUUCUGUAGUAGGAAGGGCUGCGACUGCAAGACGCUGCACUGGGCCUUCGGCGCGCGGGGCGCGCGCUGCGAGCACUGCGACCACCCGCCCAUGUCCCACUACAACUGCUUCAACCGCAAGAUCCUGAAACCGAUCGAGCAGGCGGGCUACGCCGGGGCCGGAGCGAGGGCGCUGCGGACGCUACGGGGCGAUAUAUUGAACGUGGUCAUGUUGCGACGGACCAAGGCCGAGCGCGCGGCGGACCUGAAGCUGCCGCCGCUCGAGAUCCGCGUCGAGGAGCUCACGCUCUCGCCGCCGGAGCAGGACUUUUACAACUGCCUCUACAAGAAGACGAAGUCGCGCUUCGACGCCUUCGUGCGGAAGGGCACGGCGAUGCACAACUACGCGCACAUCUUCGAACUACUGGCGCGGAUGCGGCAGUGCCUCGACCACCCGUACCUGGUCGUCCACGGCAAGGACGCCGAGCAUGCGAUGGACGCGGCGGCGCCGGGCUUUUAUGAUUUGUGCGCCUGCUGCAACGCGCAGAUCCAGGACGCGGCGGACUGCGCGGUCGCGGCCUGCCGGCACACGUUCCACCGCGACUGCGCGGCCCAGAUCGUCGACGAGGCGAACCAGCGGGGCGAGGCGCCCGAGUGCCCCACGUGCUUCCAGCCCCUUACGUUACAAGUAUCGAGGGUCCACGGCGUCGCCGAGGAGGACGUCGACGACGGCGAGAAGCCCAAGGCGAAGCCGCGCAAGAAGCAAAAGCAGGCGACCAUCGACAAGGGCCUGAAGACGCUGGGGCUGAAGAAGUCCGAUCCGUUGCCGGCGCUCGCGCGCGAGAGUGAUAGUGAGGAGGAGGAGGCGUUGGAUCUCGAGGCAUUACCACAACAAACGCAGGACGAGAAUAGGGUGGACGCGGCGACGCGCGACGUCUGCGUCGUCUGUCUGGACGCGCCGCGCGACACGAUGCUAUUUAACUGCGGCCACGUCUGCGCCUGUGCUUCGUGUGUUGACCAGCUGAAGAAGCGGGACUUUAGCUGCCCCGUCUGCCGCGAGCCGAUCAAGCGCGUGGCGCGCGUGAAUAGCGAGGGCAAGGGCAGUAGGUUAGGGAGGGCCUCGAUCUUGCAAAAGAUUGAUUUGAGGAAGUGGCGCACGUCGACGAAGGUCGAGGCCUGCUUUAACGCGAUUGAUAGUGAUAGGAAGGCGGACCCGGCGGUCAAGUCCAUUAUCUUCAGUCAGUACCGGACGAUGCUGGACCUCAUGGAGUGGCGCCUGAGAUUAGGAGGGCAGCGCGUCGUCAAGUUAACCGGGGAUAUGCCGCUCGCGGAGCGCAAGAGCGUCCUCGCGCGUUUUAAAAGUGAUUCGUCGAUAGCGGCGAUACUACUCUCGCUGAAGGCCGGCGGCGAGGGUUUGAAUUUGCAGGAGGCGUCGCGCGUGUAUCUGCUGGAGCCGUGGUGGAACCCGGCCGUCGAGAUGCAGGCGAUCCAGCGCGCGCACCGCAUCGGCCAGUCGAAAAAGGUCGUCGCCACGCGCUUCGUCACGACGUCCGCCAAUGAGCCGACCAUCGAGCAGCAGAUGUUCCGCCUCCAGGAGAAGAAGCGCUUGGUUUUCGAGGGCACCGUCGACGGCUCGGCCGCGAGCUUCUCGAAGCUGACGCUCGAGGACCUCGCCUUCCUGUUCCACCGGGGGUCGCGAUCCUAG